AUGUCCAGUCCACCGACAAAACGGCUGAAGCGGACCAGCUGCAGGCACGGUCAUCGGGCCGCAGCCACCCCUGAGACGCAAGAGCAUCAGCGCAUCUUACGUCGAAAGGUCAACAAUUCUAAGCUCGGCCGGUUCUUCUCGGACUAUGCCUCUGUCAGUACUGCAGGUUCAGAAGGGCGAGCAAUCGGUGUAGAUGGAAUUGAAAGGUUGUGUGAUGAUCUCGGCAAUGAUCCCAUGGACGAAGCUUGGCUGACGAUAGCAUACUAUUGUCAGGCAGAAACCAUGGGCGAGUUUACAAAGUCGGAAUGGACUAACGGUAUGCAGCGAAUCGGAGUGGACUCGAUGGAUGGUUUGCGUAAUGUUCUGCCGGAAUUGCGGAGAGAGAUUGAUGAGGACCGCAACUCAAGCGAGCAGAUAUAUCGAUACGCAUUCACGUAUUCACUGGAUUCUGGUGCAAAAACAUUGCCGAUAGAAGGAUGUCUGCAGCUAUGGUCUAUCUUCCUUAAGCCUCACUGGACGCUCUAUCCUCAGUGGGAAAAAUUCGUGAAGGCAGAGUGUCGUCAUAAUGUCAGCAAAGAUACUUACCAGAUGCUUUGGGAAGCUGCGACUGGUGCUAUGCGAGAUGAAGAUACUAUGAGAUCCGACUAUGAUAUAGCAGGCGGUGCAUGGCCUGUCAUGCUUGAUGACUUCUACACUUGGUUUGUGGACCCUGAUCGGGAGAAGAAAAUAGGCGCUGCUGCUGAUGAUAGCAGCAGUGAUGUGGAGAUGCAGUGA